AUGCGAUUGUCGAGAGCGUUUUUCUUCCUGGGAUGUUGGUUCCUGGCUAUAGCGGCUAUAGCCGCGUCCCCGAGACCGGAAGAGCCCGCGUUCGAGCUUCCGGUACAACUGGUCGGCUUUCCAGUGAUCAUAGCCGCCGUGAGGAUCACCAAUUUCGUCAAGAAACUCGCGUACUCCCUAAAUCCAGCGACGUACGCCAGCCGCGCGAGACGAGACCUGCCUCUGGUGCACGACGAGGAAAUCCUAGACGUCGGUCAGGUGGAGAAGAAAUUGGUAACGGAGCUGGGCAAUAACGUGUGCAUCUACGAGAGAAUAUGCGCCAAGUAUGCAACCCAGACGCUGCUGAAUCGGAGCAGGGAACGCGACCUCGACUGGAACGUCGUUUUCAGCGAGUACAAAUCAUCGCCGAAUCCGACGAAGGAGAAUUAUUUAUUGAGCGUGUUCCUGGGCGACAUUAUAGGCAGCCCGAGACUCUGUCAUCAGCUGGCGAAGAGAGGAAGAGGCUGCGUGGACGCGACGCUCGCGGAUUAA